CCGAUCGACUCUAACUAGAGGACAUCUCAUCCGUUGCUCCAAUCCCAUCGAAUACCCUCAUCGUUCACGUCCUGGUGGGAAGUGAACUCCGUGCACGCAAACCAAACGCCAGCCCAAGAUGGCGGAGACUGUACGUCACACCCCCGUUUUCCCUUUACCGAUCGGUUCACCUCCCACAUUUUCUUCAUCACAUUUCGCUCUCCGCUUCUCGAACCAACCCCCGAAGUUGUGCUAUAUCCCGUCUCUGCAUUACCCCCACCUUGGACGUGGUUUUGCGGAUUGAGCUUGUUGGAAGCUUGAGGCAAUUUCGGGCUCCGAUUUUUCUGUUUUCUGUCAUUGUUUCGCCUCCCCCGCUAACGGUGUGUUGGGCUGGUCCGAGUUAGCAGGUUGAACCCGCUCCCCAAAAGCAACGCAAGUCGGUCGCAUUCAGUGAAGGCGCUGUCAUCAUGGAUACCAACGGAGAAGUCACGGAGGCUGUUCCGGCUGUUGAGAAGCCGGUUGCUGAGACUGAGGACAAGGCCGUCGACGAAGUCACCGAACUGUUCAAGGGACUCUCAAAAAAGAAGAAGAGCAAGAAGCCCAAGGAUGCCGAAGGCGCUGACGACGAGGCCGCCCCCGCCGGCGACGGCGAAUUCGACCCCUCGGCCCUGAAAAAGAAGAAGAAGAAGACGAAGAAGGUCGACGCUGGUGAUUUCGAGGCCAAGCUGGCUGAGGCCGGUGUUGCGGAGAACGGCGCCGCCGCCGGAGAGGAGAAGGAAGAGGAGGUCCCCGAGGGCGACCACGAAGCUGGAACCGGUAUCUGGGCUCACGACGCCGCGCAACCCAUUCCUUACACCCUGCUGGUGUCCCGAUUCUUCUCCCUCAUUCAGAGCCACCACCCCGACCUUCUGUCCAGCGGUACCAAGUCGUAUAAGAUCCCGCCUCCUCAGUGUCUCCGUGAAGGUAACCGCCGUACGAUUUUCGCCAACAUUGCCGAUAUCUGCAAGCGCAUGAAGCGGUCCGAUGAUCACGUUAUGCAGUUCUUGUUCGCCGAAUUGGGUACCAGCGGUAGUGUGGACGGUAGCCGUCGUCUGGUUAUCAAGGGUCGUUUCCAGCAGAAGAUGAUUGAGAACGUGUUGAGAAGAUACAUUGUCGAAUACGUCACCUGCAAGACCUGCCGCAGUCCCGACACCGAGCUCAACAAGGGUGAGAACCGUCUAUACUUCGUCACUUGCAACUCCUGUGGAUCCCGUCGUUCCGUCGCCGCCAUCAAGACCGGUUUCCGUGGACAGGUCGGCCGCAGAAAGAGACAGGGUUAAACGGGGUAAUGGAUAUCCUUUUUUU